UCGCAGCUGGAAAAGCCUCGACUUUGUGUCCGGGUUUUAGCGCCAGACGGAAGAGCAGUCUACAGGACUGUCGGCAUUGAAGCCAGCUCACUACAGUGGUCGUUGUGGCUGUGUCUCACUGUAGCUAAACACAUUUCAUAGGGCAAGUGUCUGCGAGUUGUGUCAGAUGGCGGUUUCGGUGCCGUCUCGGCUCUGGUUCCCUCUUUGGCUUUGCUGUUGCUUUGCUUCGCGCAGCUGUCAAGCCCCGGUGAAGAUUACAAACCACAGGCCUAUCAUCGGGGUUCUGAGCCAGGAGACCGUGGGCGACUUGCGCGAGCUGGGACGGACCUACAUCGCCGCGUCAUACGUCAAGUUCGUGGAAGCCGGAGGCGCCCGAGUUGUUCCCAUCAGGGUGAAUUUGACCGAGAGUGAAUACACGGACCUCUUUAACUCAUUAAAUGGAGUUGUGUUUCCCGGAGGAGAUGUGGACAUUGAGGAGUCGGCUUACGCCAAAGCCUCCAAGCUUCUGUUUGACCUCGCGCUGCAGGCGAACGAGCGCGGUGACUAUUUCCCAGUGUGGGGUGUGUGCUUGGGCUUGGAGGAGCUGUCCUUCCUCACCAGCGGAGAAAACCUCCUCACACUCACGCACACCAAGGACAUUGCGCUGCCCCUCAACUUCACCAGAGAAUCCAGACAGAGCAAGCUUUUCCAGAACUUCCCCAAAGACAUUCUAGACACCUUGGCUUCUGAGCCAAUCACUAGCAACCUGCACAGCUGGAGCCUCUCCCUCAAGAACUUUUCAGCAAACGACAAGCUGAGAAAAUUCUAUCGCGUUUUGACGACAAACACCGACUCCAGUGGGGUGGAGUUUAUCUCUACGAUGGAAGCCUACCACUAUCCUGUCUACGCUCUGCAAUGGCACCCGGAGAUGAACCCGUACGAGUGGGCCAACCGGCGAGCUCUGGUUCACAGUGACGGGGCCAUCAGAGCUGCCUUCCACAUGGCCGCUUUCCUCGUCAGCGAGGCUACGAAGAGCGCCCACCGAUUCUCCAGCCAGGAGGAGGAGGAGAGGCAUUUAAUCUACGACUACUCGCCCGUUUACACGGCGCAACUAGACUUGUUCCAGCAAGCGUAUUUCUUUGAUUGAGAAAAUUCGCCGGACACACUUAGGAAAAUUGCACGCUUGAACCCGCUGAACUGUGACGCUUGGCAUCUGGCGGGCGCACGUCCUCGCAAUAAGUAUCCAAGGAGCCUGUUUAAAUAAUGCACACGUAUCAAAAUAAAUGUAUGUAUUUUUAAACAACGUACGUUUGUGAACGCAAUUGCACGCUGCACAUUUCAAAAUCGCAGCAAGAAGAAACACACAGUGAUGUACUUAGCUAACGAACUUCUUCAGGAAAACAUCGUGUGUAAAAUCCACAGGGAACAGAGGAAAAUGCCAUAAAAUGACAAGCCGUGUG